AUUUGUCCGAGAUAGAGUGAAAACGAUGUAGCGGAAUGUUCGUUUAUUAUCGUGAAGAAUCUUGUUUUAGUUUCUCCAGAAUCGUGAUUUUUUUGUUAUGAAUGACCAUGGGAAUUGCUGAUGAUCUUAGGAAUUCAGCAAAAGGCAGAUUAUCCUAUGAAAGAGAAUCAGACAGUCAAAAACUGAAGUCUCUACUGAAAGAAUGUUCUUCACCACCCGGCAUUCAAGUAUCACCGAAAUUCUUACAAAACCUAAAAAUUCAAAAUGAAGACAGUGGGAAGAAAAACGUGGAUAAACAAGAGAGAAAGAGCAUACUGGCUUGCAAUGGAGGGACAAAACAUAGAUCCCUAGUACACAGGAACUCUUCAUCAGAAUUGUCGGAUAAUUCUGGGAAUCAAGGUGAUGUAAGAAUAGUGAAAUGUAUUGUUACUUCACCGGAGUUUGGAAUGUCAAGACUUGCUAUGCGUAAAUAUGAAGAAGAACUGGAAAACAAAGCAAGGAGAGCUAGACUACAGAAGCAGAGAGAAUUUGAGGAAAUUCAGAACAGAAUUGAACAGGAGGCAGAGCUUAAAGUACAAGAAAUUGAGCAAAAGGCCAACUUUGAAACUCUGCUAAAAAUACAAGACAUUGAACUUAGAAAUGAAUCACAAGCUGCAGAGAUUGUUAAACAGCACAGACUUCUGAGAGAAACACAUGAACAAAGGAAACAGAUUCACGAUGCCAGAAUACAGGAAGCAGAACAAGUCAAGAGAAAACUUCAGUUGGAGGAAAUCAGAAGGAAGGAGAAGGAAAAUAAAGAGCGACAAGAGAAACUGUCAAAGAGUGUUACCCAACUGAACCAACUAUAUACCAAAAUACAAAGUGAUUUUACGGCCAGUAGAUACCAAAGUCACAUUUCUGAAGCUGCCAAAAAGUCACUAACCCUGAUACAGUCGUUGGUGAGUAAUGCUGAUGCUGUGAGAAGAGCAUGUGAGCAGAAUGGAGAAGUCACCACAGAAAAUUGUGAAGAAUGUGUGAACAUACUCAACCGUGCUAGCAAAGCUUAUGAGCUUAUCAAGAAGGAUUUAGAAAAAGCUGAAAAAGAGGGCAAAGAAGCUGAGGCAGAGAAAGAAAGGCAAGCCAGGAUACAGGAAGAGCAGAGACAAGCAAGCACACAGGUUGGAGCCCCAGUAGCUGCUUCAACCCCAGUGGGGGCUGCCCAUACACAGGCACAGAUCACAACUGGUAACAUCUCUGCCCAGGCUGCUUCAAGAGGGGAGAAACUGUGUGUUGAUAUAGAAGCCUUUCAGAAGUAUACAGAGUUACAGAAUAAACUAAAGGACAUAGAACAAUCAACCACUGUGCUGUCUUCCACGCCGGAGUUGAAGAAAUUCAAGUUUGACAUACAGAAAGGAGUAAACACUUCCAUCAAUGCAAUAUCACCUGUUAGUGGUGAUCAUUUACGUGACAAGUUGAAGCGUCUUCUGCAGCUCCUGUCCUGUCAGCCGGUAGAAGUAUCCGGGAGACGUAUUCGACUCGAUCAGCAUGCACAGGGUCCUGUAUUCUGUAAACAUCUCAUUGCUAAAAUGAUUGUGAAAAAGGGAGAUGAGCAGGUAUCAUCGAAGCAUGAGUCAGCAUUUGCUAUUGGAAUGGUGGCUGCGGGACUCUGGAGGGAAUCUCCCAGUAUUGGACAACUGUUACUGGCACACUUCCAAGCGCAGUGCCCAUACCUAGUACCCUACUACAUACCCAGACAGGAAGGACAGAGUGAUGCAGAUUAUUUCAAAUCGAGAGGGUACAGGUAUGAUGAUGGCGUUGUUGAAAAACAUGACAAGUUUCUGAAGAGAAUGUCUGGUAUAAUGAGACUCUACUUUUCCAUUAUUGUUUCUGCCCCUCCAAGAGGAAAUCAUCCACAUGGCAUAGAAUAUGCGUGGACUUGGCUUACACGUGUGUUGAACAUUGAUCCGGAACCAGACAUUACAACAACAAUGAUAUAUGACUGUCUACAGGUUACAGGAAAUGCUCUUUGUCAAGUGUACAAUAAACAGUUUCUAAAAUUGUUACAUAUUCUUGUAAAAGAAAUGUUGCCAAAGUUAAAAAAUGUGUCCUCUGAUGCUGGAAGUGGGUCAUUGACACGGUUACAGUUGCUACUGGAAAACGCUGUGAAGCAUCAUGGGAACAUUCCAUCACCAGAUGGAUUCUUGGAAAAGAGCUUUUGGUUGUCAUGAUAAGAAAUGUACACUAACAUGGUUCAAUACAGAACUGGGUGGGGGGGGAGGGGAUUUUGGUAUGCAGAUUUUAUAGGAUGAUGCAAUAAUUUGUGAUGUAGUUCAGAAGUGAUCUGUAUUUUUGUAAAAACUAUAAAAAAACUGGUGUAUAAAGUAGAGCUAAAAUGUAAUGAAGUUAUAAGUAAGGCACAACACAUAUAUUGCAAGAAGUUCAACUUAAUGUGUUUGUACUAAAAUGUGCACAUGUUUAUGAAUACAUUUGUGAAUGAUUACAUCAUGCAUUAUGACAUAAUUAAUGACCUUGCAGUUUAGUAAUGUUAUUUCUAGAGCGACGCAACGGGGCGCCCCGCCCUGCCCUUUUUUACCGCCGCCACGCUGCCCUUAAAAUGUGCCCUCUUGCCUUUGAUCUUCUACCAAAUCCCGCCAAUUUCCCUGUUGACAUGCCUCGACGAUUUUUUGAUCAGCAAAUUACGUCACGGCGAGUGCACACAGGUAACGAGAAUCAAUGAAGUGUUAAAACUAAUUGAUAAAGAGUAUGGAUCCUGUGUAAUGUCAAAAAGGCGUUCGUAAGCAGCCAGCUGAUUACCGAGCACAUGAAAAGUGCCCUAGAUUAUUUUGUGUGCAAAAUUUAAAUUAGCCUAGACGGUUGUUUAGUGUAAUGACAAGUAUAUAUCAAUGCAGUUUGAUUCUACUGUAAUUUCAACUAGAAAAUGCACAAAUUUUAAUGAAUAUUGAAAGUAAAAGAAAGUUUAGAAUGUCCGUUCACAAGUCUUAUUACUCCCGAUGUCGUAUGCAUUUUUUCCAUAUUUCCUUCAAAAAAGCGGACAGUCAGUGUAUUUUUCUUGAUGAAAAACAUCAAAAAAUGAGGAACUAUCUUUGGUUUACCCUAGUGGGUCAUGUCAAAGAAGUAUAAAAUACACAAAAUGGCAAGUGGCUGUAAUCUCACGUGAGCUCGUGUCAGAGGGUGAUUCGGCGUUAUCUUACUAAAAACAAACAUCGGCGAGCAUGGCGUUACAAUUUGUACCUUUAAAACUACAUUUAAAAUACAUGUUAGCUUCUAAAACAAUAUUAGUAUAAUAUGAAAUGGUCUUAAGACAUGAAGUACACGUUUUUUUUUGCCAUCGAAAGAAGCGUGGUCAUACGGUGAUAAUUAUUUUACCGAUGAAUAAUUGCUUUCGCAUACAAAAUGGCGUGGAGAAAGCACCACUUCCGGUAAACGAGAUCUCGUUUUUUUUGUCACGGGAGGUUGGCAAGAUUUGCUCUAUAUGCCUUUCAAGUUGCCAAUCUAUUUAUUUUUAUAGCUCUUUGGUCAUGUAAACUGAGUAAAAGCUACUUUCAGACAACAUUCCGAAAGUGUACCAGUAUCCGGAUAGUAUAUUUUGGAUAUGCGUUUUAGUAAAACACUUUUCUGUUAAUGAAAUAUUGAUGAAAGACCUGAUCAAUACAACAUGACUUUCGAUAAUUAUUAGUUUACAAUGUGACCUGAACAGGCCUUUUACUUUGUUGUUUACAACAUGAUCUUGGUUUCAAGAUUAAGCUUAUAUUAAGGCCCUCCACUAUUAUAUAUGAACAAGUUGACACUCUUGGUGACAUUUUUUAAGAGAAAGGCUUGAAUGGUUUAAACUAAACUAUAAAGUAAGUAAAAUAUCUUUGUAAACUAUGUUACUGGUUUUGGGAAUAUUUACCACUUUACCUCUGUGACAUUUCUUUAAGUGUGCAAUAAACAUAAAUGGAAUACAUAUUAACUAUAGACAUUUAGAAAUUCAACUACUGCUAUGGUAACUUUCACGUCUAAAAGAGAACCCUGCCCCUUUCGGACAGCACCCUGCCCCUUUUAGUCAGCACCCUGCCCUUUUUGAACUCUAGAAAUAACACUAGUUUAGAUAACCUACUUGUAAAAAUUGGAUGGCAAUCUAUUUACAAGUCAUUUCAGUCAUGAAACGUGAUAUAAUCCACAGUGUGUUCGCCAUAUUUUCCAACCCCAUGUACAUUGGGGUAAAUAAAGAUUAAAGUGUUUCAUAGGCUGGAAAGUUAAAAAGUGUAGGUGAUUUGGAUCCUAAUAAAUACGCUCAUGUGCAUAAUUUGCUUACAUCGGACAUUUAGACUCGCCCAUGCUGUUUGUGCUGUUUGCUGUUUUACAAAAUUAUGCCCCCUUUCUGACAUAUUCAUUGACAAGGCUGUUGAUUAGUCGAGUGUUGCUGUCCUCCAACAACCCGUGUUAUGUAUUAUUCAGGAAUCAGGAAUUUAAAUUGAUUUAAAUUCUAUAUAUAGCAAAAUGUUAAAAUGAAGUGAAGGUAUUUAGACAAAUUGCACUUUCUUGCCCAAAUUGUAAUAUAAACCAUUACUAUUCAAUGAUACUCUAACCGAAGCAGGUGAAGUGCAGUAUCAAGGAACAAUAACUAACUAUUGUUUGAACUCUCCUGUAUGAAGGGGAUAUUGCUGGUCAGUGUCACAAAACUUUUAUAUGAAAGGUUCAGCAAAACUUCUGAACCAACUCACAAAAAUUUUUGACUUAACAAGAUGACAUGAUAGGACAAGUUUUAUAUCUCUUAAACAAAGCUUAGGUAUUGAUGUUUCUUGGUUGAUCCCUGUCCAAACUUGUACUGACAGGUCCACUUUACUGCAAAUUAGCAUCCCCAGCUUUAAAGUUCUAUAAACAACAUCACCUUUUGAAGUUCUUGUCCAAUUUUGAAUUAAUUUCUCAGAAAUAUACCUCAACCAGUAUCAUUCAAAUAAUUGAGAUGUGUAACAAGUUUGGCUACUACUCUUCUACUUUGUCAAUUAAGGGAAAUAAAAUAAGGCUGUUUAAUCAAGUUAAAUCCAGCCAUGAUAUAUACAUGUUAUAUAUAAUAACUGCAAUAUUAUGUGACAAAUUGUCCAAUCAAGAAUUAUGGUAAAACUUGACAUCAUAUAAAAGAAAAGUGAAAUAUGACAUUUGAUAGGGUGUUUUUUUUCUAAAUUGGCCGGCAAAGUUGUACAUUUAUGUCAUCAUAGUAAGUAAUACUCUAUCAGUCCCCCACUGGUGGAACACCAGUUUUAUUAACACUACAGAAACCAGACAUACGUGACCCAUGCUUGGUGGUCAAAGGUCAAGGUCACUAAUGAAAUAAAAGGAGUUUUUGUUCCUUAGCUAUUAAAUGCCUUCACGCAUUUUUAUACACUCACACAUGUUUCCCAUAGCUAGAUGAUAAGUUGCUUGUGUCGCUCACAUGUCCCAUAGCUGUCAGUCAAAGGUCAAGGUGACUAUUAAAGGUCAAGUAAAAUUGUUUCCACUCCAUAACUUUUAUGUUUAUUAAUGAAUUAUCUUAGGACUGCACAUAAAUGUUCCCCAUGAUGAGACAAUGUUUUACAUACAUGAUCUAUACUUAUAAGUCAAGGUCACUAUUGAAAUUUAAGUAAAAAUAGUUUUUGCCUCUUAGCUAUGAGGCAUUUUUAGUCCUACACUGCUGCCAACAACCACAAGGGAUGAUCACUAACAAAGUUUUCCACUGUUAGGGGGCUUCUGUAUUGUCACUAAGCCACUUGCUCUACUUGAGUGUAUCAAAAAUGAGCAUUUCACUUUUCGAAAACAUAAAAGAAAUUAAAUUUAAAUAAAGGCUGUUUGUAUCUUGCUUAGUCAUUUCUUUCUGAUAAGGUUACAUUAUGAAAAGAUACACAUCUCUGAUUACAGAUACCAGUAAAUUCUGUGUAUGAAUAUAAGUUACAUGAUUAUUUCAAUAUUAUUUUCAAUAUUAGUGUAAGUGAGAUAGUGUAGCCAAUAUCAGCCAAUCAAGUAACAGAAUGUGAACACAUGAUAAAAACUGCUAAAUCUGAAAUGUUGUGUGUCCAAAUCUUGAGUUCUGCAUUAAAAAAUAAAAUGUCGUAAGUCUGAACACUCACAAUGGGAAAAUGUCAUACCUACAAACAAAUAAAAAUUUUGACUGAACAACAAACGUUGAAAAGUUAAAAGGCCAGAUGUUGCCUAUAAAAUACUAAAACAUAGCUGCUUUGGAGUUUUCAAAAAAGCUUUUAUAACAAAAACGUUUUGGCGAGUUGAAACUUCGAUUUCUGGAAAAGUGGAAUUUGGUAGUUACAACAAAUUGUUUUUAGUGUGACUAUUCAUAGAAUAGUAGAGCUAUUGGACUCGCCCAUGCGUCGGCGUCCGCGUCCAAAUUUGGUUAAGUUUUUGUAUGUAAGCUGGUAUCUCAGCAACCACUUGUGGGAAUGGAUUGAAACUUCACACACUGUGAUAAACGGACUUACAUUGCACAGGUUCCAUAACUCUAUUUUGCUUUUUUACAAAAUUAUGCCCCUUUUUAGACUUAGAAAUUUUAGGUUAAGGUUUUGUAUGUAAGCUGGUAUCUCAGUAACCACUAAUGGGAAUGGAUUGAAACUUCACACACUUAUUAACGAUGAUAAACUGACUUACAUUGCACAGGUUCCAUAACUCUAUUUUGCUUUUUUACAAAAUUAUGCCCCUUUUUCGACUUAGAAAUUUUAGGUUAAGGUUUUGUAUGUAAGCUGGUAUCUCAGUACUCACUAAUGUGAAUGGAUUGAAACUUCAUACACUUGUUCACUGUCAUGAUCUGACAUGCACAAAGUAGGUCCCAUAACUCUAUUUAUUUUGCUUUUUUACAAAAUUAUGCCCCUUUUUCAACAUAGAAAUUUUAGGUUAAGUUUUUGUAUGUAAGUUGGUAUCUCAGUAUCCACUAAUGGGAAAGGAUUGAAACAUCACACACUUGUUCACUGUCAUGAUAUGACAUGCAGUGCAAAGGGUCAAUAACUCAACUUCGCACUUUAGAAAAUUAUGUCCCUUUUUCAACUUAGCAAUCUGACAUGCACAAAGUAGGUCCCAUAACUCUAUUUUGCUUUUUUUUUACUAAAUUAUGCCCCUUUUUCUACUUCCUUAUUCAUUCAUUCGACAAGGCUGUUGAAUAGUCGAGGGUUGCUGUCCUCCAACAGCUCUUGUUCAGCAAGUGAUUUGUGUACGUACAGGUUAAUUCAAUAUGAAUAACAAUGAUUUAUGCAUAUAAUAAUUAGAAGCUAUUAUUUCAGUUCAGCCAUACAAUCUUGAAAUGAUACCAAUGAAAUAUAUUAUUGUCUUUGUGAAAAUCCGGCAUUUCUUGUGAUGUAAGUGUACUCAUUUCAGAUGAGAGAUGUAAAGUUGUUGAAAAAUAUGAUUGUAAUAAAAAUCAAAAUACUG